AUGUUUGAAACAGUAAUAUUCUAUUCGCUAUAUAAUAUUUAUAUAAUACAAUGAAUGUAAUAAUAUUUUAAUUUAUUAUCAGCUUUUUCGGACCGAUACGUCCAAGGUAUAUAACAUUAUAUACAAAAUUUAAUUCAGGUUAAACUUUAUCGACAACCCAGUAAAUAAACAAUGAAAUGACAUAAUUUCGUAAAAGAAACAAAAUUGCUUCUCAUUGGUAUAAUUUAACAUGAUCUUGAGUUAAUUCUUUGUUUUAUUAUUAUCUCUUUUUCUCAAAAACCAUCAUGCCUUUAGACAAAAUUUAAUGUAAAAUGUAGCUUUAUAUCGUAUAAUCAAUUUACACAAAUGAUUAUUCCUCAUUUUCGUUCAACUUAUCCAAUUGUCAAUUCAAUUCAAAAUGUUUCAUUUAAUAAUUAGAUUAAAGAAAAGAAUAAUUACAAAUACGUGACUUAAAGAUAGUUCAUCCUUGUGAUCAGAAAAAUACUCUAUGGAAAUUUAAUACGAAAUAUAAACAGUAAAAGGCCUAUUUAAAUCUCCAACUAAUGUCGUUUCAAUUUUUGAUUGAAAUCAAAUUAGUUUCAACUCUCCAUCUAAAAAGUUAACUUUAAUUAUUAAAAGUCUUGUUCAUUUUCUAACAUUUAAACUCUCAACUUCAAAGUUCAAUCUACUUCAAAAUGAAAACUAAUCUUUCCAAGAAAAACAAUGAAACAGUGCGAUGUAGAGAAAAUGAAACUUCAUCUUCUUGUGGUACUCGGUGUGAAUUAGUGUCUCACCCAACACCAGGAAUUUCUCGUGGUAAAGAUUUGAGUAUCUUGCCUAAAAUUGUGAAGAAACCAAAACACAGAGCCGGUUUAUCACAUCGAAUUGAUCUUUACUUUGAAGAUGUUAAAAAGUCUAUGAAGACUGAAUUAUCAAUGACUUCUUCAAUAUUGCGCGAUCUGAUAGACUUCAAAAAGUCUAUGACCAAUGACAUGGUAUUCAUGAAGAAAGUUUUGGCUACAAUGCAAGCAGAUAUAAAAAAAGUGAGUUGUGUUUAUUCUUCAUCGUCAUCUUCUUCAAAUAGUAGUGACGAUUCUGAAAUGGAAGUUUCACAAAAUAUAAGUAAAGGAAUAUCGCAAAAAUAAAUGGAAAGAUUUAUGGUUGAAUCGGAUCGAAAACAUCCUUUAUAGCAGGUGAAGGUCCAACAAAAUCUACGAGAUUGUCUUCUUUAUCGCUUAUCACAGUUUUUAUUCCUGUCUUAAUAAAAAAUUCAUAUCUAAUUAACUAGAAACAUGUAGGUGUGUAACUCUUACCUCUGGAUUUGCUUUAUCGCUUAUUUGUACUUUCUUGAAAAAUUUUUUGUAGCAAACGCACAUACAAAUUACAAGAAGAAUAAUAAACAAUACCAAAAGAAGACAAAUUAGAAGUAAAACUAAAUUGAACAAUUUGCUUUCCGAUGUUUUAAUUUCUUUAUCUUUCUCCAAAUUCAAAAUCAAUUUAGCUCCUUCUCCAGAUUCUAAUUUUUUAUCAACUCUUUCUGAAUCGAUCGCCUCUUCCAUGUAGCUGUUGACCAUUAACUGUGUAGAAGAUUCAUCUUUACCUUUAAAUCCACUAUCAGAAAAACCUGUAAAAAGAUAAAUCGUGUAGUUGCUACAAUCGGUUAAGAUUCGUCAAACUUACAGCAAAGAACCGUUGUUAUUUCUUCAUCGCAAAGAAAAGUAAGUAGACAGUCUUUUCUGGGGUGAACAAUUAAUUCAUGUCUUUUUGCUACAAAGUGACAUCCUUUUUUCAGCACUUUCAAUCCACGAAAACAGUAAAUAACCUUUUCUUGAUUUUUCUGUAGAGCUAAGAAUCAAUAGAGAGAAAAAUGAGAAACUUGUAGCAAAUUUGGUUCUAUUCAAGCUUUACCUAACUUUUUGUCCACGAUUUGAUUUUCACAAGAGUUAUAGCAACAAUAUAGCACAAAAAAUAAUAUAAAUAACUUCAUGUUGAAAUUUAAACAAUGUAAAAUUUGAAUAAUUAAUUGCAAAAAAAAAUUUAUCUUAACAAUCAAUCUUGAUCUUAUGAUAACCAGAACCACCUAAUUUUUUUGUGUAUACACUCAUCGCCAACGUUACCGGCUAUUUCAACAGCUAAGUAGCUUUUGUUAUGAUUGUUUACACUGUAAACAAAAAAAUUUUCCAAAGUUUUUUAUCACAGUUUCUUCAAUCAAUUUAUUCAUAUGAAGCUAUGAAUAUUUAUAAAAAGAACAAAGCUCAAUGUAGCUUUUAUUGCUACUUAGCUUAUUCGAUUCUAAAUAGCUUGUUCUUUUUGAAUAAAAAUUCUAUUCUAUGUUCAUCUACAAAGACAGUUGUUCUUAUUCAUUGUAGAAGCUACAAGUCAUUUUUACUUCUUUUAAGAAGCAACAAAUCUUCUUUUUUCUUUUUAAAUUGUGAAUUUUUUAAUUUGAUUUCCAUCAUUAUGGCAGCUCGAAUUGUUUUUAAUUCAACUCAAAUCAAAGAUAUGAGUUCUCAUGAAAUCCUGCCUCAUAGCAACCUCUUCAAGAAAAAAAUUGACUCUCCUUAUGUGUUAGCCUGUGGUUUUUUAGAUUUUAAUCAAUGUAAAACUGUCUACAUUGCUCAAUGUAAAAAAGAGGUGAUCCACAGUGAAAAUUUGGCUACAUCGAAUGUAAUUCCGAUGAAUUUGUACCAAGGAAAGCUCUUUCUAGCUUCAGAGGAGGUACAAAAAUACUACUUCAUCGGAAGUUCAGGUAAGUUCAAUUUACACUUUGUAGCCUCAUUCUGAUUACUAACUAGUCUUCAUUUUUUUUCUUUCAGACACAUUCGGAGAUAUUCUUAAAAGAGCCAUAACAAUCAAUAAAAAGAAGUGUAAAUUAGACAAUAUAGUCAUCGACUUUUCCAGAGUGAUUAGAUUUGUUAAGCCGCUAUAUGGUGGAGUCGGUGUCAACACCAUAAACAUGAAGGAUACAAAGCAAACCAAGGUGACUGAUUUUUUUAAAAGCAAAGUCAAAACUUCACCCGAUUCAGCUGAAAAAUCUACACCUCGUAGCUCGAGUCCAACACCAGGUUGUAGCCAUUUCCCACCGACUGGUGAAUCAACGUCAUCCGGCUAUGAAGUAGCUCGAGUUCAGCGGCAAGAUAGUGCUGAUUCUCUUUCAGCUUUUGAAUUUGAGCCACUUGACUUCAGCUAUGUGGAUUUUGAAGAAGUGGAUGCUAUAUUGGCUGCUGGUAAAGUGAAUCAGCCAUCAACUUCAUCGUCCACAGUUGAUUCAACAUCACCCGAUGAGCCAAAGCGGAUUGAAGGCGGUGACAAAGCGUUAGUUAAUCUUCAAGCUUUGAAAAAAAGCUAUAAAGUGAAGUGGGGUGAAGAAAUUCCAGCUGACCUUAGCUUCAUCGCCGGCUCAAAGUUCUUCAUUGAAGGUGUGGUUCCUGUGAGCAAUUUCCGAUAUCGCUCAAAUAUAGCUGGUGUUGACUCAAUUAGAGUAGCAGCUUCAAGGAUGGCUCGAGGACUUAUCAUUAAAGAAUAUGAUAUAACCAUUGAAACAUUCAAAGGAAGAGGACGAGCCGGUGAACCGAGUAUAUCUGAGGCUAUAUGCCGAAAACUUGGGUGGGAAGCUCUUCAAAGCUACCAAGAAGCUAUAAGCCACCUGAUUAUAACUCAUUGCCUAAGGUUGAAUGGAAAAAAGGUUUUCGAUAAAGAUGAUUACACGAUUUGUUGCAACCUCAUCUCCCAAAAUUUCGCUGAUCGCAAGAGUAAAGCUAUGAAGAGGACACUUUUCAAUUAAUCUACUAUGAGGCCAGAGCAAUAAUUUUUACGUUUUCAAAGUUUAUCAUUCAUGACAAUUAUUUACAAUCAAUUUUUUUUUAUAUUACUCUUUUACUGCUUAUAAUCAAAUUCAAUUUUCAAUUGACAAAAUAUAUAGCUCAUUAAAUAGACUUAGUGUCUUCAUAGCCAAUUAAUACGCUUAAUUAGUUCAUAAUUAAUUAUCUUUUAA